AUGGCUGAUCCAUUUAAUAUGUCAAAAUCUUCACUAAAACUCUGCAUAUGUCUCAUCGGAAUAUGUUCAUUAUUACUGUUUUUGGUUGGUCCCAUAAAUCUUCUGAAAGAUAGCGUAUCUCCUGUAAACAUUCGACAAGAAUCUCCUCCGCACCUACUUCGUUUACCAACUGGCAAUGAACGUGUUGCCUAUCGCUCACGCUAUUUCAAUAAGUCAAUGACAGAAGGUCUUUACAAUUAUUCGACAUUAGAUUCUAAUAACUCGAUCAUUCAACAAUACCAAACUCGUCCUCGUAUUCCACAGCGUGCCUGCGAACAUUGUUCGACCAUCGAUGAAUUACGAAAACGUUCAUUGAUACGAGCCGUUCUGAUAUAUUUUCCACUUAAUGAUUCGAACACAUUCGCGUAUCGUUUUGUUCAAUUUCGAUGGCUUUUUCGCAGUUGGAUCGAAUCGGAGAUGUAUAGCCCCGAACUAUGGCGUUCAGAUUUAUUGAUAGUGACGGAUAUCGGUGACGCCGAAGAGAAGACAUAUUUGCAACAUUUCCUUGCACUUGGAUGCAAAAUAAAUGUGCAACGUAUUGAUCGCAAGGAAACAUCACAAUGUCUCCUUGUUUCGUAUCGACCAUUCUCAAAACGAGAGGAAAUUGACAAACUAUCCUACAUUCGAGCGUUUCACAUUCUUCCAAAAAUGCAUCAGUACGGCAACGAGAUUGAACGGCUUUUUGUCUACUAUGAAACAGUAACAAAACUAGACAUAAAACUUUAUGAUUUUAUCAUGAAAACGAACGUCGAUACAUUUUUAACUAUUCAGUUUGGAAAAUAUGUUCCUCUUAAUUGUUCAUUCAUGAUUGGUAAAAAACAUACGAUUGAUCUGCCUUAUGAUGCUGCCUCGCUUGAAGCUAAACUCGGUUUAUAUUCAACAGCUAAUACUCCUGAUUAUAAAUCAACGUGGUAUGCACGUUCAGAUCAGAUCUCUCGGCUAGCACGUCUUCCAUUGACAAUUUUAAGUAUACUGGUCGAACAACUCGAGAAAGAGAAGGGAAAUAACAAGACUUCAAAUUCAAUUCAUUAUUUACCGAAUCAUAUUCCAAUGGCAAGUGCAUGGGCAUUUGAUCACAUGUAUCGAGUGGGUGGGUACAUGUUUGUCACCGAUAAUGUUGAUGUUCCCACAGAUUCUAGUAGAACCACGUAUCGAACGUAUAUUCUUCAUUUACGUUGUGGUAGCUCGACAAGUCUCUUUUCAGAAAAAAUAUUUCGACAAAAUUCGUAUGAUGGAUUUCAAACACAACCAUUAAACAAGUACAUUGUACGAGAGUAUGCCACUCUGAUGGCGUUAGAAUCAAAAUUUAAAUCGACUGAUGAAUUGAAACAAUUACUUAUAAAUGCCACUUAUCGAGAUCUAAACUCACCAUUAACAACAACAGUCGCAACGUUAUCACUCUGA